AAGUUUCUCUUCGUUUUCUACAGGCUUGGUCACGGAGACAGAAGCUGCCCUCCUCGGUGCCGGCCUCGGUGCAGACUCUUCACACAGACUUCCGUGUUUAAAGAGGACUGUGCUCUUUAAGAGGGCUUUUCCACUAGACUGAAGUAUGGUCAUGAGAACUCGUUUGACAUGGCAGCAAGAAAAGUGCCUGCAGAAUUAUUUUGGAGGAAAACGGUUUUGUCUUCUUUACAAGGCGAGUGUGCAGAAGUUUUUUCAUCAGAAUUUGCUCGGCACAUGUGAGAAUCAAGGUCCUACCAUGAUAGUGGUUUACAGUGAAAACUGUGUUAUUGGCAUGUACCUGAAAGAGGGCUUCCAGGAAAAAGACGUUUCUAUCACCAUCUUUGCACUCCAAGACACUGGAUUUUCACUAUGUGCAAAAGGACCAGAUUCACCAUAUUUAUUGUUCCAUAAAAGAAAAACUAAUGAUUUCUCUAUACUAUUAGAUAAGAAAGCUGUGAUUAUAAGUUCAGCAAUCCGUAAAAUGCUCCAACUGACUGCUCACAAUGAUGUCAUACCUAUUCAGGAGUGUGAAGCUUUUCGAUGUGAAGAGUUGUUGGAUGAAAGAAAGACAAGAGGCAUUGCUGUGUUACAUAGUAAUUUACUGCAGGCCCUGAGAGACUACAAGCCAUAUGGAGACCUGGUUCAGCACACACGAGUUCUGCUGCUGGGUCCUAUUGGAGCUGGGAAGUCUAGCUUUGUCAACUCAGUCAAGUCUGUGUUCAAGGGCAGCAUCACACACCAGAUCUUGGUGGGCUGUGAUGAAGAUGGAAUAUCUGACAAGUACAGGACAUAUUCCAUCAGGGCCAAGGAUGACAGUGACCCCCUGCCAUUUAUUCUGUGUGACUCACUGGGACUGGGUGAGAAUGCCGGCUUGCACAUAGAUGAUGUAUGGCACAUCUUAAAGGGCCACACUCCUGACAGGUACCAGUUCGAUUCCAUGAAACCAAUCACAUCAAACCAUCCGAACUAUACCCAUGACCCACUGCUGAAGGACAGAAUUCACUGUGUGGUUUUUGUGUUUGAUAUCAAUUCUUUUGAAAUGCACUCUUCUGAGCUGGUGGCAAAGAUCAAGAAAAUUCGAAGAGACUUGAUAAAACAUGGCAUUCUGCAUUUGGCUUUACUUACACACGUGGAUAGCCUGGAUCUGAUUACAAAAGAAGACCUGACAGACAUAUACAACUAUAGUCCUGUGAAGUCCAAGCUGGAGGCAUUCCAUGGAGUCUUUGGUUUUGCCUUAUCUGACAUCUUGGUGGUGAGUAAUUAUGUCUCAGAGUGGCAGCUGGACCCCGUGAAGGACAUGCUUAUCCUCUCGGCACUGAAGGAGAUCCUGUAUACUGCAAAUGAAUUCUUAGAGGAUUUGCCUUUGAACAAAUAAGUAGACUGAUUAUCUCGGAGCUUGACAGUAUCAUCAACUUGGCCAAUUCUUGUCUGGGUCUGUUGAUUACCUGCUUGGUCUGUUUCUUUAGGCUGUUGGCAUGUGAGUAGCCCUGACCUUUAACCCACUGGUUGAAUGUAUUUUCCUCUGCUUAUUUCCUUCCUGAUAUCUUCCUCAAAUCUGUCUUGGAAGAUCCGUAUAACUUCACUCUUGUUUUAAAAAAGAAAAUUAUGAAAUGAUUUAUAUCCUUUGUCCAUUUCUUUUAAACUGGAAUGCUUUGCUUGAGACCUAGAACUGGGUUGGAUCAAUACUGUCUCUCAUUAGAUAUGAUCUUAUAGGAUCCAUCCCCUCCCUAGGACCAAAUAUAUCUGAUGUAAUACAUACAUACAUACAUACAUACAUACAUACAUACAUACAUACAUACAAUAUAUUAUGUAUGUAAUAUAUUAU